AUGGUCUGUGACACCUGCUCAAAACGUCAUCCCACAUGCCUACACGAAGAUCGCUCAAAACAAGAACCAAAAGGGGAAACAUCUAAAGACAUAAGUUAUGGCAAGGAAAGAAAGCUACUGUCAACACAAGAGGUUAUCAAGGAAACCACAUCCAACAGAGUUGUGCAAGAUGGCAAUACCACACAGACUUCAGCGAUAGUACCUGUCUAUGUAUCAACGCAAAGUGAUUCAAGUAAGGAAGUUCUUGUCUAUGCUCUGCUAGAUUCACAAAGUGAUUCUUCCUUCAUUCUUGAGGAAGUAGCAAACAUUCUAGAUACGAACACGGAACAAGUGAAGCUGAAACUAUCUACAAUGUCGUCAAAAAGGACAAUUGUACCCUGUAAAAGACUCAAAUACCUACAAAUAAGAGGUCUAUUCUCCUCUAAGACGAUCACAGUGCCAACAACGUACACUCAUGAAUUUAUCCCUGCCAAUCGGACACACAUUCCAACUUCAGAGACCGCUAAAGCAUGGCCUCAUUUGGAGCAUCUUGCAGAACACAUUGCACCGCCAAAGGAAUGUGAAAUUGGUCUGCUAAUCGGAUACAAUUGCCCACAAGCGCUAAUGCCCAGAGAAGUCGUAUGUGGAGAAGAAAACGAACCCUUUGCUCAGAGAACUGAUCUAGGUUGGAGCAUAGUGAGUUAUGGUGACCCACAAGAGCACUACAGUGAUGCAAUUGGAGUAAGUCACCGCAUCAUUGUAAGGAAAGUGACACCUGAACCCAAACCAACAAUCAAGCUCAAAGGUGAAGUUCACUAUGUUUGCAAGACUCAGAUCAAGGAAAUGAUCAGUCCAAAUGAUGUAAUUAAGGUACUAGAAUCUGAUUUCAGUGAAAGAGUUGAAGAAGAUGCAACCGUCUCUCAGGAAGAUCUCCACUUCUUGACUAAGCUGAGAGAUGAAAUCAAACACAAACAAGAUGGUCAUUAUGAAAUGCCCUUACCUUUCAAACAAGACAGACCAAAUCUACCCAAUAAUAAGUCAUGUUCUGUUCAGCGUCUAAGAGGCUUGGAACGAAGGCUCAAGAGAGACCAGAAAUACUGCUCAGACUACAUGAACUUCAUGAAAGAUAUCAUUGCUCGUGGUGAUGCUGAGAAGGUUCCCGAAAAGGAACUCAACAAUCAUCCAGCCUGGUAUAUUCCCCACCAUGGGGUAUACCACCCUCAAAAGCCUGGGAAGAUACGCGUCGUCUUUGAUUGCUCAGCAAGAUUCCAAGACACGUCAUUGAAUGACCACCUUCUUACUGGGCCAGAGCUCACAAAUACCUUGGUGGGAGUUCUCUGCAGGUUUCGCAAGGGCCCAAUUGCUAUUAUGUGUGAUGUGGAGCGAAUGUUCCAUCAGUUCCAUGUAAGACCGGAAGACCAAGACUACCUGAGGUUCUUAUGGUGGGAGAAUGGUGACCUGAUGUCUCCGCCAUCAACUUUCCGGAUGAAAGUCCAUCUGUUUGGGACAGCCUCCUCACCCGGCUGUGCCAAUUUUGGUCUCAAACAUCUAGCCGCUAAAGGUCAGGAUGAAUUUAACCAAAACGCUGUUAAAUUCAUCCAAAGGAAUUUUUAUGUUGACGAUGGACUGGUGAGUGUAACGUCUGAUGCUGAGGCAAUUCAACUCAUCAAGGAAGCAAGAGGUCUUUGCAGCACAGGCAAGCUAAGACUACAUAAGUUUGUCUCCAACAGCAAGCAUGUAUUGAAAUCAAUACCAAAGGAAGAGUGCGCUGAAAGUGUCAAAAACCUUGAUAUGGCUUUGGGAGAGCCACUCAUGGAAAGAGCUCUCGGAGUGCAAUGGUGCGUGUCCUCUGAUGACUUUCAGCUCAGAGUUACAGUCAAGGAACACCCGUUGACCAGAAGAGGAGUGCUAUCAACAGUAGCUUCCAUCUACGACCCAUUGGGGUUCGUAGCCCCAUUCAUUCUUCUAGGAAAGCAGAUAUUGCAACAACUGUGUCGAGACAAGGCCGGUUGGGAUGAACCACUCUCAGAGGAACUCAAGACACAGUGGGAAUCUUGGCUACAAGAUCUACAAAACUUGUCUAAUGUAAGGAUCAGAAGGUGCUAUAUUCCAGCAAACUUCAUAGAUGUCAAACAGUACGAGCUUCACCACUUCUCAGAUGCCAGCGUCACAGGCUAUGGGGAGUGUACUUAUCUCAGAACGAUCAACACCAAUGGGGAUGUCCAUUGUUCGUUAGUCAUGGGGAAAGCACGUGUUGCCCCCACCAAAGUGACCACAAUACCACGCCUUGAGUUAUCUGCAGCAGUGGUAGCAGCAAGGACAAGUGUUGUGCUCAGAAAGGAGCUCGAAAUAGAUGGUCUUCAAGAACAUUUUUGGACAGACUCAAAGGUUGUCCUUGGAUAUAUAAACAAUGAUGCAAGACGAUUCCACGUCUUUGUGGCUAACAGAAUCCAAAGAAUCAAGUCCACUACAGAUUCAAAGCAAUGGCGAUUUGUACGUUCUGAAGAUAAUCCUGCGGAUCAUGCUUCAAGAGGCCUAAAGGCAGAUCAGCUUGUAGCUUCAACUUGGUUUAAUGGGCCAGAUUUUCUGUGGAAAAGAGAGCUGCCCAUAGAAGACGUCAAAGUAAGUGAGGUCAUUGACAAUGAUCCAGAACUUCGAAAGGCCCAGGUGCUCAACACAAAAGCAAAAGAGGACAGGACAUUGUUAGACCGCCUGACAAGGUUUUCUGACUGGAAAAGAGCCGUCAAAGCUAUUGCUCGUCUUAAGCGCCAUGCUAAGCAAAUCAAGGGUCUCAAACUUAAAACAAAUGAAGCCACAAGUGUUGAGGAAAGACAGGAAGCAGAGCUUUUCAUCAUCAAAUUGGUUCAAACGGAAGUAUUCAGCACUGAAAUCAAUGGAGAUUAGCAAGAGUAGCACAGGUGUACCCUAGCACUGAUGGAAGAGUCAGAAAGGUAAAACUGUUAAUUAGUGACUCAACCUUAGAUAACCAGGGAAAACGCACUACAAAGCCAGUCUAUCUUGACAGGCCUGUAUACAAGACAGUUUUACUGCUUGAAGCAGAAUGAAUGUUAUGGUUAUUUUGUGAGGUGAAAUCCCAAAGGAUGUGAUUUGGUGGGAGUUUAACUGCCAUAAAUGUUAUUCAUGUCAUUAUUAAUGUUAUUCAUGUCAUUAUUAAUGUUAUUCAUGUCAUUAUUAAUAGGUUUUACAUAAUAUCAUUAUUAUUUGUACAACUUGUAUUUUGAAUAUUGAUUUUGCUUGUAUUUAUGUGAUAGGAACUAUCUGUACAUUCUAUGUUGUGUUGGGACGCUUUUAGUGGUGACAAGUUCCAGACAUCGCGGUAAAGUAGCGGCGGUAAAGUUUAGUACUCUGAAAGAUAAGUUAAAUUAACGACGUGUUUAUUUACAAGUAUUCUUGUUUCUAAGUGGACCCAUUUCCCUCUCAGUUGUGUGCAGCCAGCGAGGUAUGUUCAUUAUGUUAAUUAUUUGUCGCGCAUAUUUACGUGCAAGGUUUCUGUAACGUGAACGCCAACUUGUUUUUUGUGCAUGUGUUGAAAUGUAUUUAAACAGUUCGACGGUGGAUUGAUGACGGUGGAGAAUUUAGUAGAAGAAUAAAUCCAUCAGUAACCAGAACAGCGGCGUCGUGUAUUUCCUGGAGGGAGUGAUACACUACCCUGGCGUUACAAGCGCCAUGCUCUACCAAUUGAGCUACAGUUAUCUCUUGACUCCAAGUUUACUUUUAUAUGAUGCUUAUUAUAUCAAUAUUUGCGCAUAAAAGCGUUUCCACCACCAGUUCUCGCAUAAUAAAUUUGACCAACACAUAAAGAUCC